UCUCUGUAUCCAUGCAGUGAGCAGGUGGAAAGUGGGCGUGGCUUUGUGGUUUCUCCUGAGCCAGGUAAGUCAGAGUGGGCGGAGCCAGCGGUGCGCAAAGGAAGUCAGUGUACACAGUAGCUCUGUGAGAGAGCUGCACCUGUUCCUCUCUCUCUCUCUCUCUCUCUCUCUCUCUCACUUGCUCCCCCUUUUAUUUGGGGGAGGGAGAGUCGACCAAGGAAUGGAUCCCAAGGAAUGUGAAGUGAAUGAGAAAGAAAAUGAAAAAGAGGAGAAGAAAGAGAAGGACAGAAGGAUUAAGAGAAGGCCCUUCCUCAGGUACCUGGAGAGGAGGAGAACUGACACGAUCGUGGACGAUGACUUUGGAAAAGGAGAUGUCAGUAUCAACACGUUGGUGCGCCGGAGUCAGUCCGAUAAAACUGAGUACAGCGCCAAACUCAAAGGAAAACUGGCACCCCAUGAGCUCCCCUCCCCCUUACUGGAGCCUGAGGAGAUCCGUCACAGAAAGAUGGUAAAAAGGUCAAAGGUCAUAGAGGAGCUGGUCAGGACGGAAGAGGACUACCUGAGAGACCUGGAUCUGUGCAUCAGGGAAGUGCUGACACCUCUACGCAACACACAGGUGGUGGAUGUGGACCGUCUUUUUACCAACAUGGAGUCUGUUAGUGCUGUAUCAGCUGAGCUUCUGCACAGACUGCAGGAGGCCACAGCAGAACCUGAUCCAGAAACACAGCUCAUAGGGGAGGUGUUUAUCCAGGCAAAGGGUGCACUGGAGGAUGUGUAUAAGAUUUACUGUUACCACCACGAUGAGGCCAGCGCUCUGUUAAAGAGCUACGACAUGCAGGAGGACGCACAAGUGCACUUCAGGACCUGUAUAUCUGCACUCAAGCUGAUUUAUGACCAAGAAGGGAAAUCUAACCUCCUGGACAUGGGGUCUUUACUCAUUAAACCAGUGCAGCGUGUGAUGAAAUACCCGCUCCUACUGGGUGAACUACAGCUGGCCACGCCCCUCGAUCACCCUGACAACCAGCCGUUACAGGAAGCGCUAACAACAGCAAAAAUCAUCAACGCCAACAUCAACGAGUUCAAGAGGAGGAAGGACAUUGUAAUGAAGUAUAAGAGGAGUGAUGAUGAAGGAACACUAAAGGGAAAACUGAACAAACUCAACAUUCACUCCAUCAGAAAGAAAUCCGACCGCAUCACUGGCUACUUCAAGAUCCUCACUGGAGUGGAACCACAGGUGCGUGAUGAAGCUUUUGAUAGGGAGGAGAAACUCUUCCGUAAUUUGGAAAAAGCUGUCAGACAGCUGGUCAAAAACCUCAACGUCUACCUGCUCUAUGCACAGGACAUGGCCGUGGUGGAGGUGCAGGAUGUGGAGGACUUGGAGGCCAUGAUGAAGGAUCCUGAUAAAAUCGACACCAAUGGCUAUCAGCACAGGAGGAACGGACAUGACCCCUAUAGACGCCUGGUGGAGCGGUUGGAGCGUCUAGUGCUGUCCCCUUUGUCCUGUCUGCAGGCCAUGUUCUUGUCACCUCAGAAGCUGAUCCAAAAGCGUUACGAUAAACUGCUGGACUCGUGUUCCUCAGGCAGUGAUGAGCAGCUUCAGGCCCAGCGUGACUAUCAGGCGCUAAACGAUCAGCUCACCGUCGACCUGCAGCGCUUUAACCAUGCUGCCCAGACCCUCCUUACCAACUGCCUGCUCAGUCUCAUCAAGCUGAUAAAGGAACUGACCGAGGGGGCCAAACCACUCGUACACCAACUUCCUGCUCCUCUGUCGAACAUCAGCGAGGUACAGAGCAGCAUCAUGGAGGAUAUCAGCAACCUGACAUUCUUCAGAGAGAACUCACAGAGACUGAUGGAGAGAAAAGUCAGCUUUGAGAAACGAGAUAAGAAGAACAUGGCAGUGGAGUGUGUGCAGCCCCAGGCGGAGUCUGUGAGGUCCAGGCUGAUCUCUCAGUAUCCUUCUGAUCGUCUGUAUGAGCUGAAGAGGAAGUGUAAUGCCACUCAGGAUCAGGAUAUCACGCUCCUGCAGGGGGAACUGGUCGCCUUACUAGAGGACUACGACCCAUUUGGCAGCACCAGCCGCUGGUUUGUCGACACCGGAAGCACACAGGGCUACGUGUACUCCACAUUCCUGAAGUCCUAUAACCCUCAGCGAGACGUUCACAGCGAGCGCACUGAUGAUUUCGACAAUCUCAGUUUAUUUGUGUCAGGCAACGGGAGGGGCAGUCACUCCAGCUACAGGCCGUCCACUCCGUCCAGCCAGCAGGGGGAAACAGCGAGCACAGAGGACCAGGAGCAACAUUUCUAUGCUGUGUAUUCAUUCGUGGCACGCUGCGAGCAGGAGCUCAGUCUGCAGGAGUACCAGCCCGUCCGCAUCCUACAGUUCUCCGACCAUGGUGGAAACAAAGACUGGUGGCUUGCUGAAUCCAAUGGCCAGAGGGGCUACGUCCCCGCUAACUACCUCGGCAAGAUGUCCUACGCCUGAGGGUGUGACAUCACACCCAGGCUGUGUUCCAAUAUCACACCCUCACUUAUUUCCCCAUUUAGUGUCUCUUACUUCAUCAGCUCCAGUGUCUAAGAGAAGGAGGGAUAAAAUACUGAUGAGUUCAUCUGAAUGUGUCCAACUACACAGUGGUGGCCUAUAGUUUCUUGAUUGUGUUUUUAAAUACACACCCAAAACAGACUAACAAAGAAAUCUAUGUGCACUAUAUAGUGUCUAGGUAGUGUGGUUUGGGACACACACACGGUGGAGGAAUGAUGAUGUUAGUAUGCAAUAUAUAGUGUCUAGACUUUUUGGUUGGAGACACUAGACUGAUAAUGAGGUCUAUAAACACAAUAUAGUAUCCAUGUUGUAAAGUUUGGGACACACCAACAGUGGACUGAUUAAGUCUAUACACACUAUAAAGUGUCUGGGUUGUAAAGUUUGGGACACACCAGCAGUGGACUGAUAAAGUCUAUGCACACUAUAUAAUACUUAGAAUGUGUGGGUUGGAAUACGCCUAUAGUGGACUAAUGAAGAGGUCUAUAUGCACUGUGGUUUAGGACACUAGCACAUUGGACUGAUGUGGUCUAUGCACACUAUAGUGUCUAAGGUGUGUGAUUUGAGACACACUCACAGUGAACCAAUGAUGAAGUCUAUACACACUAUAUAGUGUUUUGGUUGUAAAGUUUGGGACACACCCAGUUGACUGAAGCGGUCUAUACACACACACACACACACACACACACACACACACACCAGAGAGUGUCUAAGGUGUGUGAUUUGGGACACACCCACAGUGGACCAAUGAUGAAGUCUAUACACACUAUAAAGUGUCUGGGUUGUAAAUUUUGCGACACACCAGCAGUGGACUGAUGAAGUCCAUGUGAUUUGGGACACACCCACAGCUGACUGAAGAGGUCUAUACACACACACACACACACACACACACACCAGAGAGUGUCUAAGGUGUGUGGUUUGGGACACACCCACAGUGGACCAAUGAUGAAGUCUAUACACACUAUAAAGUAUCUAGGAGAUGUAUCUAGGAGGUGUAGUGUAGGACACACACAUUGGACUGAUGGAGUUAGGAGUGCACAGUUGUAGCAGAGGUGAUAUAAGGGGAGGUUAUCAAGGGUGCAGUUUGGAACACAAUCCCUGUUGACUAAUAACACUGACACUUUUUUUUUUUUGUGAGAAUAAGUACUGAUUAGCCAUGUGGUGUAAUGAAGGCCGAGCCCGCACUAAGGGUUGCACACACUUCGCACUUUGAUCUACACGUCUGUGUGCAGUGUUUUGUUUCACUGAUGAAGUUUAGAACCAAGAGUAGAAAUCCUUUAAUAUAUAGAUCUAUGUUUAACUAUAUAUUUACAGAACGUAUCUGAUUAUAGAAAUGCAGAAUAGUUUUAUAAGAGAUUAUAUGUCAGAUUUUACUAUGAGAAUGAAUAAUAAAUCUAUUUUAAACCUGA